GCAGGAUUUAGAUUUAGGGUCAAACAAAGGGUUUAGCUUCAGGACUCCGAUUUCGCUUUCGACGAUUGAAAGGCAUAGCGCGAAGAAGUAGCAGCGCGGCACUCUUUGUGUUGUAAAGCCUGACACGACUACGCAGCUGUUGCACAACUUGGCGCCCCAUCUAAAGAAAAAGAAGAAGAACAUACAAUGACCGGCUCAAAUACUAGCAUUGUCCCAUCGCGUGUGUCGGGCCCGGGCGAGGACCACUGGCUGUGGCUGCAUCAGUGUGAUGGAUUGCGCGCGCAGUUGCGAGAGGCGAAGUGGGAGACGACAUCAGAAGAAUCGCAUUACGUUGAUUCCAAGACUGGGUCGACGUACGAGGGAGAUUUCGACCGGGUAAGAGGCGGUCCUCACGGGUCGGGGCGGCUUGUAUGUAGGAACACGUCUCCUCAUUUUGAGUUCGAAGGUAAAUUUUGCGAGGGGGAAGUUGCGGCUGCGGGCGAGUGUUGCACAAUCAAGUGGCAAUGGCAUCGGCAACGCUAUUCACGACAGGAAACACAAACUACAUUCUCGGCGAAGCAGACUCCAGUUGCAAGAACAGAAACUUACGAAGGAGCGCACCGCGGUGGUCUCCGUCAUGGGCAUGGCGUGAAUACAAUCAAGAAACACGGGACAGCGGACAUCAUCUAUCAUUAUCAAGGUGAGUUUUGUGAUGGAAUGCGGCACGGCCGCGGAAAGGAGAAGAUACACAACGCGUCGACGGAGACGGUGCCAGUCCCAGUGUCAGAUUUGCUCGAAAACACGACUAAAAAAGUCACGGAAGUAUCUGUUCCUGCUCGAUGGAGUAGCGUAUACGAAGGAGAGUGGAAAAAUAGCGCAAAGUGCGGCUUCGGGAAGUACCAAUGCAAAAGUCCCUUUCGAGAUAUCAAAGGACAAGACUGCCUCUCGCAAGAGACAUAUCAAGGCCAAUGGGAAGCCGACUUGUGGCACGGGCACGGCGAAUGCCAAAAGAUAGAGACACACAAGAACUCAGCGGGGGCUGACAUUUUGGUCAUGGUCCGAGAGUAUUGCGGCAUGUACGAGCGAAACAAGGCAUGUGGUGCAGGUGUUCGAAGAGUCAAAAAGCCUGACCACUCUUCAGGCAACCUUCGAAUUGUUUUGGAGUACGACGGCGAGUUCAAGAACGGUGAGCCUCAUGGCCAUGGCAAAAAGAAAGAGUUGCUUUGUGAGCAAACUGCACUCACUGACUAUAAGGCUACUACUUUUUAUUCCUAUUUCACCGGCGAAUUUCGGGACGGUAAACAGCACGCGGGCCUAGAAACUUGGACAACGAACCUCGGCGUUGAGUGUUCCGUUCGUUGGGGGAACGGCGUUCGUCAUGUUGAAUCGAAGACACACGUAGCCCAAUCUUAUUACAUACCAGCCACUCGUGCUCGUCCCUCUCCCUGCCCGGAAGGAACAGAGGCUGCCCAUGUAGGCGCGAGGGAAGCAGCCCACGCUAUCGCCAUUCCGUCAGGACGAGCUCCUCAUCAAAUUGUUGGCGAAAGUGGUGCGGUUGCGGUAUCCAAAAUAAAGGCAAUCUCGUCGGGACAAGCACGCGACGGCUUAGAUCAAGAGACGAAGCUGAGCCAACAUCCUCACGAUUCGAGAUCAUUGGACGGCUCCGUUUGUGUCUCGGAAGGAAGCACAGAGGGGUGCAAAACUCCAGAGAAAACGUACACCAUGCAUUUGCAAACCAUCAAUCCUGCAGGUUGGAGAAACGACGCAUCGCGAGGAGAAAACUUUUACGUCAGGGUGAACCCAGAUAACGGAGAAGAGCUUAAUUACGAAGGCGGUUGGGAUUGGCACGAAGGCGGCAUGCACGGCCAAGGAAAAUUAAGUCGAUUUCCUGAUCACCGCAAUAAUAAUAAAAGUGAUGAAUCGGCGCAAAUAAUUAUUGAAGGUCAAUUUUGGCACGGAGAUUGUCCGAACGAGUUUUGUCGUAUCACGAAACCUAAACUGCCGAACGGAGAGCCCGGGUUCGUGCUCGAAGGUCCCCUCGUCAACGGCAAAAUUCAGGGGCGUGGCGUUCACUUUUCGAAAAGUUUGUCCGGACUCCCACGAUACGAAGGCGAGUUCCUAGCAGGACUGUAUCAUGGAGAGGGAGUUCUCACUGACUUUUUGCCGGAUAGAAGAACUGACUGCGUAGAUCAGUACAAAGGCAGGUUCCGUAGCGGCUACAAGGACGGCUACGGUGAGUCAACGAUGAUAUCGAUAAUAGAAGGCCGACCUCAGUCAGCCAUUGAGUGCCUUGGAGGCUAUUUCGACUACUUCAAAGACGAUAGGCGAGAAGGCUCCAGUCAUCUUCAUGCGACUUAUCUGCCGCAGUUCUCCGAGCAGUCCAUUGGCGAGUGGAAGAAUAACAAGAUACAAGAUGGACGCGGGUUUUACAAGCUAAAAGAGCGCAGCACUUCCGCGGAGAGGAGAUUGAUUCGUGAGCACGAGUAUAGCGGUGAUUACCUGAACGGCAAGCGUCACGGCCGCGGACGCCAAGAGGAGACGGUGCACGUUGAGGCAGCACCUGGAGGUGCAGCUCAUACCCCUUUCACAACCGUCUACGAUGGAGAAUGGCGUGAUGGCAAGAGGUACGGCCGGGGCACCGCAACAACAGUAGACGGCGACGUUUUCACCUGUCUCUGGGAGGAUGACAAACCUGCGCCACGUGUCGCCUUUCAUCAGUGCCGCCUUUGCGAUGCAAAACUUCCGAAGCUAGCAAGCGAUGAAAAAGCACAAGGAGCAUCAUUGCAAGGAACGUCUGAUCCGCUGCAAGCUUUGCAAAUCACAGGUGAAGGCCGGGGAAAUGGAAUAUCACAUCCAGAACAAAUGCGCGAAGCGGCAGGUGGAGUGCGAGCUGGGCUGCGGAGCUGUGUUCGCAAAAGAAAAGCAAAAGCACCACCAAGCUCACCAGUGCCCCAACCGCGAGAUCUUUUGCGAAAACGUCUGGAAAGACGUCCGCUGCGACUGGGCCGGCCUUUUCGUCGAUUUCGAAGCACACAAAGAUCACGCCGCCUGCUGUCCUUUUGCCAUGCAGAGCUGCGAGUGGUGUCUGGAAGUUCUGCCCCAGUUCCAGCUAGCCAGCCAUACCUGCACGCCCGUAUUUGA